UUUAUAUAUGGCAGCCUGAGAUGUAAAUUUUUCAGCUUCGACAGUACACAUUUUAUUAUUUUAUAAUCAAACGAAAAAUAAUAGAGUUGUGGUUUUUUAAUCAGUUUGUUAGAACGAAUUUACGGAUAUAUUGAAAUAAAAUUUUAAAGAAUUAGUUUUGUUUUUCGAAAGUUAUGGAGAUUACAAGAGGAGUGUUACAUGUAUUUUACAGGAUUUUUUCUGAAAAAUUCAUUUUUUAUCCAAAUUGUGGGUUGGACCAGCUGUUCAUUGUUUAGAAAAAUGACCAUUGAUGUUUUCUUUUAUUGGGGUAUAAAGGCCGAUCUACUUUAACCACUAUAUUAUUAUUUAUUUAAAUAAAACUCUGACGGACUUCAGUUUAUUUAUUUUUAGGCGAGAGUAGAGCAUACCUACGCUCGCGCUUAAGGCAUGCAAUAUAGAACUAAACAGUAAGAGUAUGGAAAUAUGCGUCAGACUCAUGGAUUGGAUCGAAAACCUGAAUGCAAUUAUUUUCACUAGAUUGACUGUACGUACAUAUAUAAAUAUAGCCUGUAGGUAUAAAUAAAUGAUCCUAAAAUUAACGGACAAAAAAUUUUCGAAUUUUUUUUUCAACAAUUUAAUUAAAAAAAAAUAAAUAAAUAAAAAUAUGCACAUGUAGAAAAUUAAAAAAACUACAAGUGCAAUUUUUGAUAAUUUAUCGUUUUUAAAAAAAUUAUUAAACGUCAGCUGACCUCAGUAUCACAUAAAUAAAAUGAAAUAUGUUAGUUUAACAAACGUUAAAAAAAUAGAUAGUUGUCAACAAUUGAAAUAUUUUUACAAUAAUAAGCGAAAACUUUCAUUGCAGCAAGUGUCUAACCUUAAAGAUGAAGUUAAAAAAAAAGAUAUUAUCGGACCUCCAGAUGAAGUUUCAAAUUUACGAACGAUUAUUUUUGCUAAAUCGCUAAAUGAAACUAAAUUAGAAAAAAAGUAUCGUGAAGCACGAGAAACAACACAAAAUUGGAAUAAAAAAUUUUGGUUUGACCAUAAUUCGAAAUUCAUAACAGAACGAAAACAAUUUCAAAAAGAAUUAGAAGCUAGUGGAAAUAAAUCAAUAACUGCAGAUGAAAUGUCUGUUUUUUACAAAACUUUUUUAGAUAAAAAUUGGAAAACUCAUUUUAAUUACAAUAUUUCAUGGUAUAAGCAAAAUAUACGGAUACUUUUUCUUGAAUUAAGAGUUAGAUUAUCAAAAUUCAAAUUCAAAUGAAUAUGAUGUAAUUAAUAUUAUACUAUAAUUAUAAUUAGUGUUACAAUUAAUGUGAUGAUUAGGGACAAGAUUUUUGCCUUAAUUUUGAAAUUACGGUUUCCCUAUUAAUCCUUGGGAAAAAUUAUGGGAGAUAUUUUUUUUAGAAAAUUUAAUUUUGAACAACUUUUACUUGAAAAAUUUUUCUAUCCGACUAAUAUUUUUGCCGUAGUAUCAAAAAAUUGGCAUCAUUAAUUAUUAAUUGUCAUUUUUUAAUUAAGGAAAAAAUCCUGGCCUUGGUGAUGAUUAUAUAAAUGUAUAAUAUGAUGAUAUACCUAUAUUGUAUUAUAAAAAUGUACAUAAAAACUUCCCAUCAAAUUAUAAAAAAAUUUUUAAAUUUUAUUGAAGUUGUUUUGAUAACAAAAUAAUGUAUCAAAAUAAUGAAUUGUAAAUUUAAUCGAAUGUAAUAAUAAUGAUAAUAAUUUAAAUAGAUUCGAAACUGUAAACUUGAAUAUAUCAAUAAAUAAAUUAUUGAUAACUUCAUAGUUUAUUAAAUUUUUUAUUAUACGAUGAAAUAAUUAUAAUGAAUAUUAAUUUACAAAUGAAAUGGAUCAUAGAAUAUGUAAAAAUAAAAUUUUGCCAUCAAAUAAUAUAAUAGAAACAUUAAUGAAAGUGUCACAGCUAAAUUCUUCAUCUUCCUCAUCAUCUAGCCGGUCAAAUUAUUCUUCAUGUCUAAAUAACCAAAACAUUAGUUAUCAAAAGUUACAUGAUCUAUCUCAUAAGUUGUCAACAGAAACUAAAUAUUCAAUUAAAAAUUUUAAAAAGUUAACAAAGAAUUAUAAUAUAAUAAAAGAUUUUGAAAAUGCUGUAAGAAGAAAAUUACAUGAGAAAUUAGUUAAAUUAGAAUGGAAUAAUUAUGUUCAAUGGAAAAUACUAUUGACUUUUAGUUUAGGACUAUGGAUACUUCUUUGUAUAACAGAUAAAAUUUUUUUACGAACAUCAGCACCAUCAUCAUCAAAGGAAGAAAAAAUUCCAAAAAUACCAAAUAAUAUUCCUGAAACAAUAAAUUUAAAUUUAUCUAAUGAAAAUAAAUUUUUAAAAUGGGUUUAUACAUUUUAUCCAUGUAUUUAUCGUACAACUACCGUUUCAAAUUCAACAGAA